AUGGCGUCUGCUAUUUUCAGUUGGCUUAGGUUGAAUUCUGUAACUGCUGAGCCACGGAAAAUAAAUCCCCCAAUUCGCCUGUGGACUCAACGGAAAAACCCUCCUAAACCCCAAACAUUUCAUUUCCUCUCCAACUCUCCUCAGUCCUCAGUGGGCCACCACUCCAAAAUGUUCCUCCAGAGGCAGCGCGCCGCCGUCCUCACGCAAGCACUCCAAGUCCAACUCCGCCGCUACACCCAAUCAUCCGCCGCCGCCCUCCUCCACCCGGACCCCGAACUCGACCGCGACCUCGAAUCCACCACAUCCUUCCCGAUACCCGACCCGAAGUACGCCGAGACCAUCUUCGCAAUCCCACGCACCACGUCCGGCAAGAGCAUCUCCGCCAAAGAGCGCAAGGCCGGCCGCGUCCCCAGCAUCAUUUUCGAGCAGGAGGACGGCCAGCACGGAGGCAACAAGCGCCUCAUUUCUGUACGGACCAACCAGAUCCGCAAGCUCGUUGGUCAUCUCGGCCGCUCUUUCUUCCUCUCCAGGCUCUUCGACCUCGAGGUUCGCUCCGACUUCGACUCUGAAAACGACGUCGUUGAACGGGUCCGCGUUUUGCCUCGCUCGAUUCAUCUGCACUCUGCGACGGACGCACCCCUGAAUGUGACCUUCAUAAGGGCUCCUUCCCAUGCUUUGUUGAAAGUCGAGAUACCUCUUGUAUUUCGAGGAGAUGAUGUCUCUCCUGGAUUGAAGAAAAAUGGUUGUCUAAAUACGAUCAAGAGGACCGUAAAGUUCCUCUGUCCUGCUGAUGUGAUUCCUCCAUAUAUUGAUGUGGAUCUGAGCGAGUUGGAUGUUAACCAAAAGAUAGUAAUGGGAGAUCUCAAAGUUCAUCCAGAUCUCAAGCUUCUCCAGUCGAAGGAUGAGCCUGUUUGUAAGAUCACAGGAGCAAGGGUUUCUGAACAAAAGAAGUCUAAAGACAAAGACUCUAAAUAA